GAGCGCAGGCUCAAAUGCGGGCAGAGCGCCGGGCGCUCUAGUACGACUGCAGCACUGGGAGAACCAUGAAGCCCCUCGCUGGCGGGCUCCCCUGCUUCUUGACUUUCGGGCUGUGGCUGGGGCUGCUACUUCUGUGCAGCUGGGGGUGCCCCGGGAGCGCCGCGCCGCGGUCCCCGCCAGAGAAGAUCGCGGUCAUUGGAGCUGGAAUUGGUGGCACUUCAGCAGCCUAUUAUCUGCGGCAGAAAUUUGGGAAAGAUGUGAAGAUUGAUGUUUUUGAAAAAGGAGAGGUGGGCGGCCGUUUGGCGACCCUGACUAUGCAGGGGCAAGAAUAUGAGUCAGGAGGUUCUAUCAUCCAUCCUUUAAAUCUGCACAUGAAGCGUUUUGUCAAGGACCUGGGUCUCUCUGCUGUUCAGAGCCCUAGUGGCCUAGUGGGGGUGUAUAAUGGAGAGACUCUGGUGUAUGAGGAGAGCAGCUGGUUUAUAAUUAACAUGAUUAAACUGAUUUGGUACUAUGGAUUUCAGUCCCUCCGAAUGCACAUGUGGGUAGAGGAUAUAUUAGACAAGUUCAUGAGGAUCUACCGCUACCAAUCUCAUGACUAUGCCUUCAGUAGUGUAGAAAAGUUACUGCAUUCCCUAGGAGGGGACGACUUCCUUGGAUUAUUUAACCGAUCACUUCUUGAAACCUUGCAGAAAGCAGGCUUCUCUGAGAAAUUCCUAGAUGAAAUUAUAACGCCUGUCAUGAGGGUCAAUUAUGGCCAAACCAUGAACAUCAAUGGCUUUGUGGGAGCCGUGUCAAUGUCCUGUACUGAUCCUGGCCUUUGGGCAGUAAAAGGUGGCAAUAAACUUGUUUGCUCACGGCUCCUCCAGGCUUCCAAAAGCAAUCUUAUAUCAGGCUCAGUAAUGUCCAUAGAGGAGAAAACGAGGACCAAGCAGACAGGAAAUCCUACAAAGGUGUAUGAAGUGGUCUACCAAACCGGACCUGAGAUCCAUUCGGACUUCUAUGACAUCGUCCUAGUGGCCACUCCACUGAAUCAAAAAAUGUCCAAUAUAACUUUUCUUAACUUUGAUCCCCCAAUUGAGGAAUUCCAUCAAUACUAUGAACCUUUAGUGACAACUUUAAUUAAGGGGCAAUUGAAUUCAACUGUCUUUAGCUCUAGACCCUUAGAUGAGUUUGAUCUCAGUACAAUCUUAACCACUGAUAAUCCAGAUUUGUUCAUUAACAGCAUUGGGCUUGUGUCCUCUGUAGAAGAAAGUAAUAAUCCUCAACCAAAAGCGGAGAGGGCACACGUUUGGAAGGUCUUUUCAGCAGGACCUCUUACUAAAGAACAAAUUUUAAAGCUCUUUGUGUCCUAUGAUUAUGCUGUGAAGCAGUCAUGGCUUGCAUACCCUCAUUAUACGCCUCCAGAGAAAUGCCCCUCCAUCAUACUUCAUGAUCAACUUUACUACCUCAACGGCAUCGAGUUUGCAGCAAGUGCCAUGGAAAUGAGUGCCGUUGCAGGUUACAAUGCUGCUCUUCUUGCCUAUCACCGCUGGAAUGGACAUACACACAUGAUUGAUCAAGAGGACUUAUAUGAGAAACUUAAAACUGAGCUAUGAAAUGCGGUUAUCUUUUUUUACCCCCUCUCCUGGUUCCAAGUGGAAUAUCACUGGCAAAAAUAAGAACAUAACCUGAGCAGAUAAUUUUGAAUCAAUAUAUUUUGCCAUUAUCAUUAACAAAAGUAAUCCCAGUGAGACAUAAGAAAAUGCAAGGUUCUAAUUAAGCGUGAAGGCAUAAUUAUGCCAUCUCCAAUAUUUCUUAACUCCUUUUUAAUAUCCAUCAGCAGUGUUUUGCAAACUUGUCUGAUCAUAAGAAUCAUCUGAAGUUUAUUAAACAUGGAUUCUGUAGCUCCUCUGGAGAUUCUGGUUUAAUAGGUCUGGGUUGGGGCCCUUGGGUUUUGAUUAAAACCUUGGAGCAUUAUAAGCUGAGCACUUGAAGACAUCUUUUUGUUGGGGCUAGUUCAUUUGUGCUUCACAGCUGGAUGUGAUCUGCAGUCAGAUAGAUAAAACUAUGGGAGCUGGUACCCUAUACCUGCCUUUAGUAAUUUUAUAUUUUUCAAAGUAAAUAAGCCCAGGCCUGAAGCCUUGAUUUUCAGAAUGUUCUUUUGAUUGCUUCUGUUCUCAUUUGUAUUAGGGCUGAAAUUCAGAAGUCUAGUAGUAUAAACUUAAGAUGUCAUACAAAAAUUUCAAGUAAAAUGAAAAGCAGACUAUUGAUUUAAGGGAAAUUGACGUUCCAUUUUCAAACCCUCACACGAGGAGCUUUUAAAAAUGCUGAUAAAAUACUGACAGAGCCCCACAACAGAAAUUCUGAUUUAAUGGAUUGAGGAUAGGAACUCAGCUUUUUGUAGCUUUUCGUAAGGUGCAGCCUGGGUUGAGAAUCACUGAUUUGGGGGUAUAUGAAGUCUCCAAAGGGUUUUCAGUGCCUUAAAGAUCCCAAGAAACCCAAUCCAUUAUCAAAGCAGAUCCAUAUUGCAAAGCAUUUUCUCUCUCGAAAACUCUAGUAUUAAUCUUGAUAGUAAAAGUAUUGACAGUCUAGAGGCAACCACAUUUAGAGAACCAUUUCUAUAAUUCAGCUCUACAUAGUUGCAAAAAACAUGAGCUUGUCAAAGUUGGUGAUUUAAAAAGAGCUACUGGAGGAAAAUGAACAAAAAUGUAUUCACGUCAACUCUAGUUAAUUUGAUCUCUCCUGCUACUCUUUUGCUGUAAACAUUUCCUAGGAAUAGGAAAUAACAUUCUGCCAUCCAUUUUGUUCUAUUUUACAAGUACUUCACGUAUACAUUGUAUACCAUUCUCUACACUUCUAGAGAAAAUACAACUUGUAGGCAUUUUACCAGACCACAAAAAUAAGCUUUAGCAUUUGCCUGAUAGGUUUCUUAAAGUUGGGUCUAUGAUACGAUCACCUGUUCGCUCUCAUAUAAAUUUGCGCACCACAAAAUUUAUGAACAAGGUGAAUAUAUUAUGGGCAGCAUUAUCACUAUCCUCUACUCCACAAAGACCACAAUCAUUGCAAUGUUUUUCUCCAAAAUUACAUUUCUACCCUUGUAUUCAAAAAUGUGCCUCACUUCUGUUCAAAAUAAAACAAUGACAUUAUUA